AUGCCUGGGUGCAGCGAGGCACGGGGCUCGGCGGUGGCGGUGCCCGCGACGGUCCCUGCCCAGGGGCUCGAGGAGGGGGGGGACCGCUACACGGGGUCUCCCGCUUACUUGGGGGUUGAUGCCAAAGUCUUUGCUCAGGGAUAUGGCAGAGAGAAUCCAUGUGGGGCCUCGAGAAGGACUUGCAAUCUAGGAAUUAAUAAUGACGAUAAUGAUGACAACGAAGCAGAGCUUGACUGCAAAAGCUCGCCUUGCUCCGGCGUUGCCCCCCACCCCGGGGCGAGCUCCCUGCCCGCUCACCGAGCCGGGCCGCCUUUGCUGGGCUCCAGUAAGAGGGAACUGGAGCUGCUGGGCCGAGGUGGGCGAUGCCGAGUCCCGGACCCCAGCAGCAGCUUCAGGGAAGACGCCCCCCCCCCCCCCGUCCCGGGGGAAGAAGGAGAAGCCCCCUGCCCGCCGCCGCUCGCCAACUCGUUUCUCCCCAGAAGCCAAAGCUUCAAGGCCGUGCCGGUGCCGCCCGCCCCGCGGAGGAAUGAGAACGGACUCGGGGAGCCGGAGGGCAGCGCAUCCCCAGACUCCCCUCUGGCCCGAUGGACCAAAUCCUUGCAUUCCUUGUUGGGAGAUCAAGAUGGUGCCUAUCUUUUUCGGACCUUCCUGGAAAGGGAAAAAUGUGUGGAUACCUUAGACUUCUGGUUUGCCUGCAAUGGCUUCAGGCAGAUGGACCUUAAGGAUACCAAAACUUUAAGAGUAGCCAAAGCUAUAUACAAAAGGUACAUCGAGAACAACAGCAUCGUCUCCAAGCAGCUCAAGCCUGCUACCAAGACCUACAUAAGGGAUAGCAUCAAGAAGCAGCAGAUAGAUUCGAUCAUGUUUGAUCAGGCGCAGACUGAGAUUCAGACUGUGAUGGAGGAAAAUGCUUACCAGAUGUUUUUAACUUCUGAUAUAUACCUCGAAUAUGUAAGGAGUGGAGGAGAGAAUCCUGCUUACAUGAACAGCAACGGACUGGGGAGCUUAAAAGUUGUCUGUGGCUAUCUCCCGACCUUGAAUGAAGAAGAGGAAUGGAGCUGUGCGGACUUUAAAAACAAAAUCUUGCCUUCGGUAGUUGGACUAUCCAGCAAGACGUUGAGGGUUACGGCAAACGUCAGAGCUACGGAAACGAUCGAGAACGGAUACAGGUCCUUCAAGAGGAAUGAUCCCGUUAACCCAUACCAUGUGAAUUCUGGCUAUGUUUUCGCCCCAGCAACCAGCGCGAACGAUAGUGAAAUAUCUAGUGAUGCCCUGACGGACGACUCCAUGUCGAUGACAGACAGCAGCGUAGAUGGGAUCCCCCCGUACAGAAUUGGGAGCAAGAAGCAGCUCCAGCGGGAAAUGCAUCGGAGCGUCAAGGCCAACGGUCAAGUUUCUCUACCUCAUUUUCCGAGGACCCACCGUCUUCCCAAGGAGAUGACCCCGGUGGAGCCGGCUGCCUUUGCCGCGGAGCUCAUUUCCCGGUUGGAGAAGCUGAAGCAGGAGCAGGAAACCAUGGACAGUCUGGAGGAGAGGCUGCAGCAAAUCAAGGAGGUAGGAGGAUUAACCCUGCCGGGGCCGGGCAGAGCUCGCUGCUUGCCGCCUGGCUGGGGGGGUGGUGGGAAGGGGCCGUAUCCUGCCCAUGGGGAGGAACGCGUUUCGAUCGCACUGCGGUUUGCGAGCCCGUGGAGGGGGGGGGUGGGAUGUCCUCGCCAGCUCCCCGUCCUCUUGCCGGGCAAGCUGCAGCCCGGCGUGGCCUCGCCGGCCACGUGCACUGUGGUGGGUAAGGGAUUCAUCACCAAGCAGACCACCAAGCACGUCCACCACCACUACAUCCACCACCACACCGUGCCCAAGACGAAGGAGCAGAUCGAAGCGGAGGCGGCUCAGCGGGUGCAGUGCUGCUGCCCGGCGGGCGGCGACUACUACUGCUACCCCAAGUGCAAGGGCCACCCGAAAAGCACGGACCCCCCUCUUCCUCCGCUGGAGCCCUUCGGCAGGACGGGGACGCUGCCGAAGAGGCCGGGCAGAGGAGCGGAGAGCGUCGCCCUGCCGGCCGGGGACGGGGGGCUGCCCGGCCCCAGUGGGGUGCAGCUACCGGGGGGCGAGGCGGACCGGGCGCAGAACGUCUGGCAGUGGAUGCUGGAGAGCGAGAGACAAAAUAAGCACAAGCCCCAUAGCACACAAAGCACAAAGAAGGCCUACAGCUCCGACUUCGCCAAGGGGGCCCCCGGCCGCCACCACCCGUGGGGGACCGGCAGCCACCCGCGCGGGGCGCAGCCCGCCCACCCCUUCGUCCAGGACCCCGCCAUGCCCCCGCUCACCCCACCCAACACCCUGGCGCAGCUGGAGGAAGCGUGCCGCCGGCUCGCUGAGGUCUCCAAACCGCAGAAGACACGAUGUUCAACCUCAAAUCAGCAGAGGGAUCGAAACCACUCCGCUGCCGUUCAGGGGGGAAACUCCCCUUUCUGCAAUGCAAGUCUAACGACAGAAGAUCACAAAGAGCCAAAGAAACUGCCAGUUGUUCACACCUCUCAGUCGAGCGAGUUGGUUGUCACCUAUUUUUUUUGCGGCGAAGAAAUUCCCUACAGGAGGAUGUUAAAGGCCCAGAGCCUGACACUUGGGCACUUUAAAGAACAGCUGAGCAAAAAGGGAAAUUACAGAUACUACUUCAAAAAAGCAAGCGACGAGUUUGACUGCGGUGCGGUGUUUGAAGAGAUUUGGGAAGAUGAAACCAUCCUGCCUAUGUACGAAGGAAGGAUUCUUGGGAAAGUAGAAAGGAUCGAUUGAUGGCAUCUGUGCUUCUUAAGAAAAGUUAAGCUAG